GAUAGAGAGAGAGGCUGCUCGUGGUAAACGAUGGUUGUUGGAUAGAGUCUUGAGGAGCUAAUGAAAGUGGUUGGCUGAAUUGUUCGCAGAGAUUACGGAGCUCAGGAGCCUCGCGUGCUUCGCUUCACUCGGAUCCAAACAAGGAGACAAGAAACUGCUGCAGCACAAAAUAAUAAAGAAACAAGUACAGUUUCUUCUUCUUUUUUUUUAUUAGGAAGAGGACUUGUUUUUUCAGCCAUUUCUUUUCCCAUCCUUGAUCCACUUUAAGCAGCACACUAACUCUUCCCCAGAGGACUGGAGCAUCUCAUGCCCGGAGGAGGAGGAGGAGGACCGACCUCCCGCUUGGAUCCAGUGCACCGGCGUGCCUCACUCCUCCGGCGGGCUCAGAAGCUGCAGUUCCCGGCAUUUGCUGGGAUGUUUGAGUCGCGCUGUUUGGUGGAGGGGUGAAGGGACCGAGAGAGAGGACGGAGACACCGAGGGAGAGGAAGAAAGAGUGGAGGAGAGAGCAUGGCUCUGGUCGCGCUGUCUCUCCUGGUGCUAACGAGUCUCACCUGGGCGGACCUGCUCCAGGUGUCCGCCAACAGACACUCCGUUUACUGGAAUAGCUCCAACAUACAUUUGCGCAGGGAGGGCUACACGAUGCAGGUGAACGUCAACGACUACCUGGACAUCUACUGCCCUCAUUACAACGACAGCCAACGCAUCGUUGGCACCGGGGAGCAGUAUGUCCUCUACAUGGUCAGUUACCGUGGUUACAGGUACUGCGACCCCAACCUGGGCUUCAAGAGGUGGGAGUGUAACCGGCCUCAUGCUCCCCACGCGCCCAUCAAGUUUUCUGAGAAGUUCCAGCGCUACAGCGCCUUCUCACUGGGAUACGAGUUCCACGUUGGACAGGAGUACUACUACAUCUCCACGCCCACACAUCACCACGGCCGCAGCUGUCUGAGACUACGAGUGUACGUCUGCUGCUCCACGGUCUCUGACGUGGAUGAUGAGCCAGAGCCCACAGAACCAGACUACACACUUAGACCAGGCCUAAAAAUUGAUGACAUUGAUGAAUUUAACCCCUUCAUUCCCAAGGUGGAGAAGAGCGUCAGUGGGAGCAGUCCGUCCAGGGAUCGCCUUCUCCUCACCGUGACGAUGCUCCUCUCGGCCGUUCUGUUCAUCUCCUAGCAACGGCCAUUCCAUCAGCGUCACCAUGCCAACUAGCCUUGGGAGGCUGUACAGUAUCAGUGGGUGGGAGAGGAAGGGGAGAGAGUGGAGGAGAGUUAAGAUACAACAACUAGAGCAGGAGGCGAGAGAAGCAAGUCUCUGUAAUGAGUUUGCAAGCAUUACAGUGUGAUUGUAUGUGUGUGUGUGUGUGUGUGUCUGUACAGCUGUGUGUUUGUGUUGAAAUACCUUCAGGCACACAGAUUGGUUGACUGUGUGUGUAUGUGUGUGUAUGUGUGUAUGUGUGUAUGUGUCUUAACAGGCCACAGGUUGUGCUUGUUGGAUCAUGCACAUCACAAAGAGCAUUUAUACAACUUGGGGGGUGUGGGUGUGGGGGUGGGGGAGUCCUGAAAUAGUAGGGGAAGAGGGAAAGGCAUCAAAUCCAUCCAAGUGCAAACCAUUUGAGUACUCAACCCUGGAUCUGAUUGGCUAAAACACUUCCUUAGGGCUAGUUGCCAUAGUUUCUUGCAACAAGACUUAAGCUGGACUCAAAUGAACUGAAUCAAAUAGAUUUCAGCAGAAUUGAACUGAAAUUGCCUUUUUUUUGUGUUGUUGUUGUUGAUGUUAUUGUUGUUGAUCUCGAUGCUGGGAACUCGCCCCCAGUUCACACGAGGGCAGUCGAAGGCAGCGGAUGAACUGUGCGUCUCCUGUCUCAGCGACUGGUCAAAGGAGGAGAUAGUCCACACACACACACAUGCACACACACACACCCACCCGGGGGACCUCCGGGCGCCAUCGCCACUCUGCUGUGUCAUCCUGUGUUCACCAUCAGUCUCUCGAAGACGGCAGCCCUGGACAGGGUCGGGGCGGGAGAGAGCAUCUCAACAAUGAUUCAUUUACUCAAGUCAU